CGAGUUUAAAUAAAGCUCACUCCGGCGGUCCUGUCACAGAUUUCCGUGCUUAGCUCGGCCGCUAGCUCGAGCCCGACCGGCUAACAAAGCGCCAGCGGGUCUUCGACGGUGACCGCGAGUUAGCCGCUUGCUAACAAACACGGCUAUCGAUCAGCCCCCCCCACUGUUGGUGGUUGUCACAAUGGACGCGAGUCGGGUUUCUUCGGGUAACUCACCCGGAAAAGAAGCCGCCUCUAGUUGUGAGCUUUAAGAGUUUCGAAUGAGUGUCUUUUUUUUUUGUUUGUUUGUUUUUUAAAACCGGGGAGGAUUGCAAAACAACCAUAACUUCCCGAAAGUCUUUAAAAAGAAACGUAUCGAAGCUCAAGUGUUAAAUUAGUAUUGGCGUUCUUUUGUGGGGUACGUUUAUCAGAGGUCAAGAAUUGUAAAUAGCACGACAACAUUGUGAAGUUCUCGUGCUUCCUAAAUGUAAUACCACGGCCACCAUUUGGCGUUGACAGGGAUUUAGACCUCCUCUUCCUCCGCUCUCCAAUGCCAACAACAACCAACGGCGGCCGUCGAAGAAGCAGCACUAGUACACGCAGUCUGAAUAGUGAAACAGAAGAAGAAAUCCCUUUCCAACCGAGGCUCAACUUCCCCGGUCCUUUGGGAUCAUGGCUAAAGAUGCUGGUCUAAUAGAAACGAACGGAGAGCUGAAGGUUUUCAUUGAUCAGAAUCUGAGCCCCAGCAAAGGUGUCCUGUCUUUGGUCGCUGUCCAGCCUGCCACCGCCCCCGUGGCCAAGCAGCUUUUGCCCAAAACGCUUGGGCCGUCCAACGUGAAUAUUGCUUCACACAUGCAGCAUUUGCCACAUAUGGUGAUUGGAACACCUCAGAGGCCAACAGUAUCCAAUACAAUACUGGUAAACAGCCCCCACACACCCAAUUCACAAUUCCUCAAUCAGACUCAACCGUCGGACGCCUCUCCUUGGUCGUCAGGGAAACGCGGCAAGAAAGGUGAGAAAAAUGGGAAGGGCUUGAGGCAUUUCUCCAUGAAAGUCUGCGAGAAGGUUCAGAAGAAGGGAGUCACCACCUACAACGAGGUCGCGGAUGAGCUGGUGGCCGAGUUCAGUUCGGGCGACAACCUCAUGUCACCCAACGACUCGCAUGUGUAUGACCAGAAGAACAUUCGGCGGCGCGUGUACGACGCCCUCAAUGUCCUCAUGGCCAUGAACAUCAUCUCCAAAGAGAAGAAAGAGAUCAAGUGGAUUGGGCUGCCCACCAAUUCGGCACAAGAGUGCCAAAACCUCGAGGUGGAGCGACAGAGGCGUCUGGAGAGGAUCAAGCAGAAACAGUCUCAGCUUCAGGAGCUCAUACUACAGCAAAUAGCCUUCAAGAACCUGGUUCAGAGAAACCGACAGACCGAGCAGCAAGCAAACCGACCGCCGCCGCCCAACUCCAUCAUCCACCUCCCCUUCAUCAUCGUCAACACCAGCAAGAAAACGGUGAUCGACUGCAGCAUCUCCAACGACAAGUUUGAGUACUUGUUCAACUUUGACAGCAUGUUUGAGAUCCACGACGACGUCGAGGUGCUGAAGCGUAUGGGCAUGGCGUGCGGUUUGGAAGCGGGCAAGUGUUCCCCGGAAGAUUUGAAAGUGGCCCGCGGCCUGGUGCCCAAAGCUCUGGAGCCCUACGUGAUCGAGAUGGCGAAGGGACCCAUCACCAACGUUUUCAUUACCGGAGGGUCUUCUGCUAAUGGAGCCCGUUACACAGCCAGCGACGGCGGCCCUGACUGCACCAUGGCCUCCAGCUCGAAUGACUCUCACUACAGCGGCUCCCGCGUGGAGACCCCGGUGUCUUACAUGGGCGAUGACGACGACGACGACGAAUACGACGAGAAUGACGACGAAGACUAACCUGUGUACGCCUCGCCACUUCAAUAAGCACAGUUUCUCAAUUGCGCCACCGUGGGAGCGUGAACCCCGCCACCGCCCACCCCCUCCACUCCCACCGCCUCUUUUGCCCUCCUCCGUCCCUUUUCCCCCAUGCCUGUUUUUUCUGUCUGGCUUUCUCAGGGCUGUAGAUGAGUAUUGAAAGAACGAGGGUUGGGGGGGUGGGCCCAUGCGUCAAGUGCCCCCUUGUCUCUCGAGUCACUUGUACGUGCACCGCAGCUCCGGAGGAGGGUUUAAUCUCUGGAACUGUUGCGCGUGGCUCGACCUAAAAGCUGAAGUCUUUGCGUGUUCAACUAAUUUUUCUGUCCCAUAAGAAACAAAACCAUUUAAAAAAAAAAAAAAAAAAGUAUCGUUAUGCUACUGUUCUCUAUUGCAACAUGAUCUUUCUUGUUCAAUGGUGGCUGAAGUAUUUGCCCAACCGUUUCCGCCGUGAAUUCACAAUGUCCUGAUAAAGUUGGCAUCCCAUGAUGGGGCUCCAUCAUAUGUGGUGUUUUUUUUUUUUUGUUUUGUUUUGUUUAGUUCCGGGCAAGAGGUUGAGAUGGUUCUUCCAGUUUCUCACUGAAUUGAGCUGGCUGGCUUCUGUUCUUGUAGGCAGCUGCUUCCUUUCCCUUAUUUGCUAGUUUUUUUUUUGUAUUCCACAGUUGAGAAAUUCUCGUGUGCCCCCGCGUGUGACACCUCGGUAGUGUUUACAAAGUAACGGCACCAGCAAGGUCACGAUUGCCUAACCCAGGUUCCUGAUAGGUAAAUAAGAUUUGUUGAUGACUUGUAUGAACCCUGUUGAUGAUUGUAGCUGAUAGUACCCUUUAGAGGCCAGUGGUAACGAUACUAGACCAUCAGACAAUAUCCAUGUAACUGUGUUUUUGUAUCGGUCUUUGUGUACUUCCAUCAAAGAUCUCCCUUUUAAAAGCUGAGCAACACUUACUGACUUCCAAAUCCUUUUUUUUUUUUCUGUAAUCUAAUAUAAGUUUUCAAAUUAAAUAUAGAUUGUUUUAAAA